CCAAUCGGAUUGAUCCGUAAAGUGUAGCGGAAGUAGAGUGCCUGGGAGUGCGGUUCUAGGAGUCUGGUGUGAGUGUGCGGCGUGUGUGCUCAGGGGACGGGAGUGUGGAGAGGAAACGGCCAGCGCGGACUUCCUAUGGGGAGUGAUUUGCCCUUCUAAGUAAGGACAAUGACUUCAAAGUGGGAUUCCGGUCAUUCCUGUGCUGUUCUAAGCCUGGCCAUCAGCGAACAAAGAAUUGUUGCUUCAGGGGCUGAAUGUGGGGAGCUUACUAUCUGGAGUGAGCAGGGACAUCCUAUUGGAAAACUGAACUUCCAUGGCGAGGAUGAUGUCACUGGGAUUGUCUUCUCUCCAGCUUCUCCCACAAAACUUUAUGCUUCUCAUGGGGAGACCGUGAGUGUGAUGGACACCAGAGUUUUCACAAAGCCGGUGGAGAGCUUCAGCAUCAGUAAAGAAGAAAUCAACUGCAUUUCUGUCAAUGAAUUGGACAGCCUAUUGGCUGCAGCUGAUGACUCUGGCGCAGUGAAAGUUUUAGAUCUGCAAACUAAAAAUGUCUGCCGUACACUGCAGAGGCACACUAACAUCUGCUCCGCAGUCGCUUUCAGGCCCAGCCGACCUCAGAGUCUUGUGUCAUGUGGACUUGACAUGCAGGUGAUGCUUUGGAACAUGCAGAAGACAAGACCACUGUGGAUCACAAACCUUCAACAUUUGGCUCAGGAUGAAGAAGAUAUGGAAAAUCACCAGUCUCCAGGCCAGCUCUUCAACCCACCUCUGGCACAUUCUCUUUCUGUCUCUUCUUGUGGAAAUGUCUUCUGUUGUGGGGCUGAAGAUGGCAAAAUCCGAUUAUUCCGGAUCUCGGGAACCCGGUUUGAGGAGGAGCUGUGUUUUAAAGCUCACACUCAAGGUGUCUCUCAAGUCAGCUUUUUUGGACAAAAUCCUGGCAAAAAUCUUUUACUAUCUGGAGGUAAUGAUGGUAGAGUUUGUCUCUGGGACAUCGGCAAGGACACCACACAGCCUCAAAAACAGAAACGUAAUUCUAGAAGGUCCUCCUCUAAUGCGAAGAUCCGGCAAAUGGCAGAGGUUGCUCCAAAAGUUAGCUCAAAACUUAGUUUUGAACAUGGGGAAAAAGUGAACUGGAUUUUAGGAGCUGAACUUCAGGGAAAUAAAGUGGUUCUGGUGGCAGAUCCAAGCAGUUCAAUAUCCAUGUAUCAGUUAGGAGAGCUAUAGAGGAAAAUGUAUUUUAUUUAAGAAUUGGAUUUGUUAUGAGGAAUAAGAAGCUUACACAAUUUUUUUGCAGUGCCUUAACAAAACUUCUUGCCACACCAAUUAAAUGUGAUGUGGAAUAA